CCUUUCCAUCGCUCCGGGGUCGUAUCGCCAAGCAACCUCUACUCUUCUACACCAUUCCAUUGCCUCUGCUUGCCUCGGGUCCUCUCGUUGAGAGUUCCGGACACACCCUAAUCUGCUUCCCGUUUUGGCUGCAUUUAGGUCCAAUUCUUGAACCCCUGCCGAGAGACGAGUUCUUGAGCCUUCUGCGAUAGAAAUCGGGGAAAAGAUGUGAUUUUUCGGCUAAAGAACCACCAAGUUCCAAUCGUUACUUUUUCUUGCGUUCAGAGAGAAGAACAAGCCUUCUUCUUGAAGGGAAAGACGAGAAAAAGAAGCAAUCUUUUUUAGCCAGAGGUUUCCGAAAUUUCCAAUUCUUGGUGCGUUUGGUUCUGCUUCCGAAUCCUCGAGUCAUCGCCAAGGGAAACGGAGGACAAAGAAGUGAUUUUGUUCAGCUAAAGAUGGGGAAAAGAAGCCUCGGAGGGCUGUCAACCCUGUUGUGGAUUUAUUUGGUGUGCGGAAGGUGGCAGCUCUCUGAUUCUCUCAAUGGCGAAGGCCGAGCUCUUCUGGCAUUAAAAGGCAAAGUAGAGGUCGAUCCUUAUGGCGCUUUAGCAAAUUGGGAUGAGGAAGAUGAUGAUCCAUGCUCCUGGUGUGGAGUUGAGUGCACUGAUGACGGAAGAGUCGUGGUUUUGAACUUGAAAAAUCUUUGUCUUAAAGGGACACUGUCACCUGAAGUAGGCAAACUGAUACACUUGAACACUCUAAUUUUACAUAACAAUUCCUUCUAUGGAGCUGUUCCUGGGGUUAUUGGGGAAUUGCAGAUGCUGAAGGUAUUGGAUUUGGGACACAAUAACUUUAGUGGAGUACUUCCAUCUGACCUUGGGGAUGUUGCUUCUCUAGAAACACUGGAUGUUGUGGGUGCAAUAACCCGUGGACUUUUGGGAGUAGAAUUUAAACAGAAUGAUGAUGCACAUGACAACAAAAACCCAGGAGCACCUGAUCCGCCAGCUAAUUUGAAUAGUCUACCACCUCGUUCACCACCAUCAGCUAAUUUGAAAAGUCCACCACCACCUCAUCCACCAUCUCCUCUGCCACCUCCACCUCCUCCACCACCUCCACCACCUCAUCCACCAUCUCCUCUGCCACCUCCACCUCCUCCACCACCUCCACCACCUCAUCCACCAUCUCCUCUGCCACCUCCACCUCCUCCACCACCUCCACCACCUCAGUCACAUCCAAUAUCAUCAUCUUCUUCUUUGAUUAUAUCUCUCUCAGUUGGAGGAGUAGUUUGUUUUCUGAUUGUCCUUUCUGUUAUAUACUUGUACCAUAAACAAACAAAAAAGGUUGUCAGUGUAAUGCCCUUGAUGACAGUUCUCAAUGGGCAAUCGCAGAAACCACUUGUGACAGGUGUACCUGCAUUGAGACGAUUGGAACUUGAAACAGCUUGUGAGGAUUUCAGCAACAUUAUUGGUUCAUUAUCAAAUUGCAAUUUGUACAAGGGUACACUUUCAAGUGGAGUUGAAAUAGCAGUGACAUCUGCGAUUGUGACAUCAGCAAAAGAUUGGUCAGUACAAGAUGAAGCUCACUUCAGAAAGAAGAUUUCAGACUUGUCCAAAGUAAAUCACAAGAACUUCAUGAACCUUCUUGGUCAUUGUGAGGAAGAAGCGCCUUUUACCAGGAUGAUGGUUUUUGAGUAUGCUCCAAGUGGGACACUAUUUGAGCAUUUGCACAUUAAGGAAGCAGAGCCCUUGAACUGGACCGCACGUUUACGCAUAGCCAUGGGACUUGCUUAUUGUCUGGAGCACAUGAUGCAACUUAACCCCCCUCUAAUCCCUAGAAAUUUGAAUUCAUCAUCCAUCUAUCUAACCGAAGACAAUGCAGCCAAGAUUUCUGAUCUUGAAUUCUGGAAUGUAGAAACAGAAGCAGACAUGGCAUCAUCUGAAAUCACAAAGGAGAGCAGCAUCGUGUACAAGUUUGGAAUAAUUCUACUGGAGAUAGUUUCAGGAAGGCUUCCGUAUUCAGAGGAUGAUGGCUUACUUGUGCUUUGGGCUAGGAGUUAUUUGAGUGGGAAGAGACUGAUAAAAGAUAUGGUAGAUGCAACCCUGGACCCGGUGCCUGAUGAAGAUAUCGAUGCACUAGUGGAGGUGAUUCAAUCUUGCAUAGAUGAGGAUCCAAAUGAGCGACCAACAAUGAAAGAAGUCGCUGAUCGAAUGAUGCUAAUUACGGCAAUUCCACCAGAGGAAGCUAAUCCAAAGGUAUCACCACUGUGGUGGGCAGAGCUCCAAAUUAUUUCUUCAGAAGCUACCUAGCGAUGGAGUUGGCAACAAUGGUAUGGCAGCCCUUCUUUUGUACUGUUUCAUAGUGAAACUGCUUUUGCUACAUUUGCUUCACUAGUUUGUAAUUGUAAUAGGGGAAUUAAAAGAGAAAAGAAAUUUAGUUUGGGAUACUUAAAAAGAGUUUGUAGGUCUGUCUCUGUUAUGGAGAGAAUGGAGGGCAAUAGCCAUGUGUGGAGAAGAAUAACUUGGAGAGUACAAACAGCUUAGAUUGUGAAAGUCUCUCCAGUAUCCAAUCUCAAGAUUGGGCUUAAGAUAACUUGAAUUUACAUAGUAGUUAUAUUGUUGUGCUUGUGAUGAUGAA